GUUAAUAUUCCUGUACUCACCAUAAUUACUGAUGGAGUGACGAAGUCAGCUAAGAUAAACCAGUUAUUGAAUUCUGGUCUAAUACAAAGAGGGUCUGGGCAACCGAAUUAUCUGAACGCUUUGCUUCCAAGAAAAACUUCUAAAGAUAUAAUUAUGGUACUCGUACCAAGAACGAACACACGUGGUCGGGGUGAAUAUCCUCAGGCCAGCGAGAAAACUACAGUUAAGGAACUCGGCAAUAGCACGGGCGACUGUUUAUCAAAAACACAGCUCUCUGCUAACUC